AUGUGAUGGUGGCAGCCAAUGGGAGGUCAGAGGACGGGUCACAUGAUGAAGGAGCGGCCUGCUGUGUUUCCGGGUCUGGAGACAGAGGGACCGGGACCGGGAGGACGACGAGACCGAUGACGUGAUGGAUCAGUGACUUGGUCCAGCUGCGUCAUCAUGUCGGGACGGAGGAGCCGCAAGACCCUGAUCAUCACCGACGAUGAGGUGGUGCAGGAGGAGCAGAACCCGUUCUCCUUCAGAGAGUUUCUACGCUGGAAGAACCUGAAUCGGGAUCAGGACCAGGAUCAGGACCAGGUUCAGGACCAGGAUCAGAACCAGGACCAGGUUCAGGACCAGGACAAGACACAAAGCAAGGAGGAGGAGGGGCAGGGCUUCCAGUGCGGUGUAGACAGCACCUCCUCCCUGUGCACAGAGGAAGAGGAGGAUGAAGAGGAGGAGACCAGGUUCCAGCAGGGAGGCGAUGACGAGACCUGCAGGGGGAGGAGCCACAUACAACAGUUGAAGCAGGAGAACAUGGUGUUGAGGAGAACCAUCGAAGAGCUGCAGAGGAGAUCAGAUGUUAAUGAACGCAGGGUGCAGAAGCUGAGUGAGGAGCGUCUCCAGAGGAGGAGUCAGGACGAGAAGGAGGCGCAGGAUCUGGAGACCAUGAUUCACUGUGUGGAGCAGAACCUGCAGCUGAUGACGAAGCGAGCGGUGAAAGCAGAGAACACUGUUUCCAAACUGAAGGCGGAGCUUCAGCAGCUACAGGUGGAGGCGGAGUCUCUGCGGGUGGAGAACGACGGUCUGAAGGCGUCAGAGUCUCACAUCAUCACGACCAUGAGACAAAACGCACAGGUGGCGUCUGAGCACCUGGACAAGACAGCAAGCCACGCCCACUCCUCCAUCCGGCAGCUGUUGGGGGGGGCGGAGUCUCUGCGUCUGGUCUCUCAGCUGCUUCAGUCCAUCGAGAACGUUUCCUCUGUCGACUCUGAGUCGUGACCUUCGUGACCUUAGGACGUCGUCUGGACCUGCGAUGGACACGAGGACGUGGUUGUCAUGGAAACAGAACACAAAGGACAAUGUAUGAGGUCAGAGGUCAGCAGGUCUCAGCGUGUCCAUCAUUCCUCGCCUGUGCCGUACUCUGAUGACAUCACAGCGGCUGGAGGGCUGGUGGUUCCUGAUUGGUAGGUUUGUUGGACAGUGUCUGGUCUUGAGCGCAGACGGAACGUGACAGAACACAAACGGAACACGGGAUGUUUGUCUGUGAAGCUGUAAACUUUAUUAAACCACUUUGUUACUUUA